AUGCAGAAACAUCUGCUAGGGUUUAUCUACUUGCUCCUUAACUCAAUGUGGUUCUUAUCAAGUGCAAGUUCGAUCAGCUACCCCCCGCAACCAAUGGCCAUUAUCACCACAAGGAAUAACCCUCACCCAUCUGGACGACUGAUCACCACAGACGCCGACUACUCUCGCAAGGUGAACGUACGUGUCAGUGAUAUCCUGACUCGACAACGAGCCGCCGAAGAGGCGUCCAAUCGAUUCAGUCCUCAAACUUCACUCAUCCGCUCCUAUGGACGUCCAGUCACUGCUAUGGGAACUGUUAUCAGUAAUUCCGUUUCUCCCAAGGCCAACAUUGUGGUGCAACCACAGCACACUCCGCCAUCCACCGCGCUGGUUUUACCAUUGGCCAACUCUCAUAGCGUGAUAAAAGAAGACCGGUCGUGGCCUCCAGAGCACUCACAAGAAUUUGCCAGGGUGGACGUUCGUGUGAUGGGGGAGAAAAUCGACAGUGAGGCGCUACUGCAUUUGAAGCCAAACUCGAACGUAGAAGCUGUGCGAAAACUUCGCAAGAUAUUGGGUGCAGAGCUGCAGGCCGAAUGGAUGUCGAUUGACCCACCACCGAAAGAUUCCUGGAAGUCCGCCAGGUCUACUGUUAUCAUGAGCAUGCCCAAACCCGAUAUGCGCCUUUUGACCGCAGUGGAAAACCUGAACUUUACAGUGCUGCGACAAGUAAAAGGAACAGAUGUGAUUCCUAUCAAAUUGACACCGGAGCAGAUAGAUUUGUUGAAAGACUGGCUGAUCCAACGUGCAACAUGCCAAAUGGAUUACAUAUGGGAAGACUUGGGCCCGCUCUUUUGGCCUCGCUGGAUCCGCAGGGGUGUUUGCGUGAACACAGUGGCGUGUUCGUGGCCUCCUGGAAUGCGUUGCCGUCAAAGCAGUUCGAGGUCACUGAAGCUGCUUCGUUGGGUGUGCGCAAACAACUCCAGCCAGAGCAAACCGUUACGAAAGCGAUGGCAUCGCGAUUUCUCGUCAGAACCGUCGCAGAAAUUGCGCAGAGGAGGCCAUGCGCUACCCGGGGCUAGGCGACGCAUCCCUCGUGAAGAAAGGCGAACAAGGAGAGUGCGGCGCUUGAUACAGAAGCUCAGUCUGUCUGUCAAUGGAUUCCACUGUGAGUGGAACCAGUACGAAUAUAUGGUCAGUGAUCAGUGUACUUGUGGAUGUGAGUAA